CAGGGGCGGGGGCCAGGCCAACCAUGGGAGCACCACGGACCAGAUUCGCCAACCAUGGUCAGAAUCUUGUCCAGAGGGGACAAGGAAGCAUCAUGCGCCCGGGGAGGCGCAUGGCACAUGCUGGUUGGCGGAGAAGUGGACCGUUACUGACCAUGGUUAGAAGUUUAACCAUGAUUCUUCUUCUUUCUCGCAGCCAGAUAAAGGGGAGGAAGAGUGAGGAGAGCGCAAACGCUAGGCACAAGCACUGGAUAUAUAUUAGAAGGAAAAGGAAAUCAAAGGGAGAACUAUACGCCCUAGCUGACUAGAGAUAUUUUUGCUUAACCGCAUUGGCUGCAUUUUAUGGAGUGAGCUAGCUUGAUUUUUAAGCAGAUUUUUAAGUUCAGAUUCGGCAAAAAUGGUGUCGAGGUCGUAUUCCAAUCUCCUGGACCUUGUCUCCGGGGAGUCGCCUACAUUUGGGCGGAUGGGGAAAAGGCUUCCUAGAGUGAUGACAGUCGCUGGAAUCAUAUCAGACUUAGACGAUGAGAACAGCAACAGUGUUGUUUCAGAUGGUCCCUCGUCUGUUGCACAGGAGCGGAUGAUCAUUGUGGGCAAUCAGCUACCUCUUCGAGCUCAUUACCGGAGCGAAGGCGGUGGAUGGGAUUUCAGUUGGGACGAAGACUCACUGCUUUUGCAACUAAAAGAUGGGCUAGGUGAGGAUAUUGAGGUGAUUUAUGUGGGAUGUCUGAAAGAGGAAAUAGAUCCCAGCGAGCAGGAAGAUGUAGCUCAAACUUUGCUCGAAGUUUUUAAAUGUGUGCCGGCAUUUAUCCCUCCUGAUUUAUUCAGCAGGUACUACCAUGGCUUCUGUAAGCAGCAACUCUGGCCCCUGUUCCAUUACAUGCUGCCUCUGUCACCGGAUUUGGGCGGCCGGUUCGAGCGAUCUCUUUGGCAGGCAUAUGUUUCUGUUAACAAAAUAUUUGCUGAUAAAGUAAUGGAGGUAAUAAGUCCCGAUGACGAUUUUGUGUGGGUACAUGAUUACCAUUUGAUGAUUUUGCCGACAUUCCUUAGAAAGAGGUUCAAUCGAGUGAAGCUCGGAUUUUUCCUUCAUAGUCCGUUUCCUUCAUCUGAGAUUUACAGGACUCUUCCUGUUAGAGACGAGAUCCUCCGGGCUCUCCUGAACUCCGAUCUGAUUGGAUUCCACACCUUUGACUACGCCCGACACUUCCUUUCUUGCUGUAGCAGGAUGCUUGGUCUGAGCUACAAGUCCAAGAGGGGUUAUAUUGGGCUAGAGUACUAUGGUCGCACUGUAGGCAUUAAGAUUCUGCCUGUGGGGAUUCACAUGGGUCAGCUUCAAUCUGUUCUUGAUCUUCCAGAGACUGAAACCAGAGUUGCUGAACUUAAAGAAAACUUUAAGGAUCGGAUUGUGUUGCUUGGAGUGGAUGAUAUGGAUAUAUUCAAGGGGAUCAGCUUGAAGCUGCUGGCUAUGGAGCAGCUGCUGCAUCAACAUCCAGAAUGGAGUGGGAAGGUGGUCUUGGUUCAAAUUGCAAACCCCGCAAGAGGUCGGGGGAAAGAUGUGCAAGAAGUGCAGACUGAAACUAAAUAUACUGUGAAACGUAUUAAUGAGAAAUUUGGAAGGCCUGGUUAUGAGCCUGUGGUGCUCAUAGACAGGCCACUUCAUUUCUAUGAGAGGAUUGCAUACUACGUGAUUGCUGAGUGCUGUCUUGUUACAGCAGUCAGAGACGGAAUGAAUCUUAUACCGUACGAGUAUAUCGUAUGUAGGCAAGGGAAUGACAGGUUGGACAGGACACUGGAACUGAACCCAUCAGCACCGAAGAAGAGCAUGCUGGUGGUUUCAGAGUUUAUUGGUUGUUCCCCAUCUCUUAGCGGAGCAAUUCGAGUGAAUCCUUGGAACAUCGAUGCUGUAGCUGAAGCCAUGAAUUCUGCUAUUAUACUGCAGGAGUCUGAACAGCAAUUCCGGCAUGAGAAACAUUACCGAUAUGUGAGUACUCAUGAUGUCGGAUACUGGGCUCACAGCUUCCUGCAAGAUCUAGAGAGAGCAUGCAGGGACCAUAUAAAGAAGAGAUGCUGGGGGAUCGGUUUUGGUUUAGGAUUCAGGGUGAUUGCACUCGAUCCAAAUUUCAGGAAGCUCUCAGUUGAACACAUAGUCUCAGCAUACAAGAGAACCAAGAAGAGGGCAAUCCUCUUGGAUUAUGAUGGUACUAUGAUGCCACAGACUUCCAUUAACAAAACUCCCACUUCUGAGGCUAUUGGUAUACUCAACAGCUUGUGCAGAGAUCCCAAAAAUGUUGUUUUCCUUGUUAGCGGGAGAGGCAAGAAGACUCUUUCUGAAUGGUUUUCUCCCUGUGAAAAGUUGGGGAUUGCUGCUGAACAUGGUUAUUUUCUGAGGCUAAAGCGUGAUGCUGAAUGGGAAACCUGUGUAUCAGUCACGGAUUUUGACUGGAAGCAAGUUGCGGAGCCUGUAAUGAAGUUGUAUACUGGAACAACUGAUGGUUCCACCAUUGAAACCAAGGAGAGUGCGCUGGUUUGGCAUUAUCAGUAUGCUGACCCUGAUUUUGGGGCAUGCCAGGCCAAAGAACUUCUUGACCAUCUUGACAGUGUUCUUGCUAAUGAGCCAGUGUCCGUGAAAACUGGUCAGCAUAUUGUGGAAGUUAAGCCACAGGGUGUUACCAAAGGUGUGGUAGCAGAGCGCCUCCUUUCAUUAAUGAAGCAGAAAGGCAUGCUGCCUGAUUUUGUUCUCUGCAUUGGAGAUGACAGAUCUGAUGAAGAUAUGUUUGAGGUGUUCACAAGUGCUGUGUCUGGUCCUUCUUUAUCACCAGUGGCUGAGGUCUUUGCUUGUACAGUUGGUCAGAAGCCAAGUAAAGCUAAGUAUUACCUGGAGGACACAUCUGAGAUUAUCAGAAUGUUGCAGGGCCUUGCCACUGCAUCAGAUACAGCAGCAAGGAGUCCCAGCCCUCAAUUUUCCUUUGAGAACCUUUGACGAAGACAUCUUCUUUAUCUAUGAAACUCAGUCUGCAGUAAGGAAUUUGAGAAGACGAAUUGGCACUGCUAUUAGCCGCAUUGUGCAAGUCUUGCUACAGUAGUUUGCUAAUAGAUUGGAGUUCAGUUUGCAGAUGAACACGGUCUAGGAAAAGCAGAGUGCCCACAUUUUCCAUAUUGCAGUCAAUUUCACCUUUUUCUGGACGGUGUUGUAAUGAGAGAGGCACUUUGUUCUUUGUCAAUAUACUUCCAUCUGUUCUAUUGAGGUGUGGGUCCUUGUAUGA